AUGGAAACAACAACUACGCUACCGGAACAACUAGAAGAAGAUUCGAAAGAUGAAGAAACUACAUUAUCAGAACAACUAGAAAAAUGUCUAAAAGAUAAAGAUAUAAAGCAUUAUGAUUUUCCGAGAAGCGAAAACUUUAGGAUUAUUGGAAAGGGAGGAUUCGCGGUUGUGUACUUAGCCACUUUCGAAGAAGAACAAUAUGCGCUAAAAAGUUUCCAACAAAAUCUUCAUUUUGAUAAGAGAGAGUUUAAAUAUUUCAUGAAAGAACUUGAAAUGUUAUAUAAGCUUAAAGAUCAUCCCAACAUCAUAAAAUUUUAUGGAAUUUCACGAAAUAUGUUAGAAGGCAAUGUCAUGUUAGUAUUACAAUACGCAAACGGUGGAAACCUACGAAAUCAUUUGUUUAAAAAGCAAAAAAACAAUAUUUAUAGUAUUUUAUGGUCUGAACUUAUUAAAAUUGCGAUUGACAUCAUUAAAGGAUUAAAACACCUUCAUGAGAAUGAUAUCAUUCACCGGGAUCUACAUUCCAAAAAUAUUUUAAUAAACAAUGGUAAUGCUUUGAUUUCAGACUUGGGAAUAUCAAAGCGAAUAGAUGCAUCCAUAACAAGUUCGGAAUUUAAACCUAGAGGAGUAGUGGCAUAUACUGAACCACAAUACUUUAUUGCGCCACAAUAUAGUGAAAAUUCUAAACGCGAUGAUCAAGAAAAGAUUCAACGUGACAAGAAAUCUGAUAUUAUAGCCUAG